AUGGAAAUUCUAGACUCUUCAAUUGCUUUCUCUAGUUUACUUGAAAUCACAUCACCCUUUCUCAAUUCCUCAUCAUCAAUGAAUCCAUUAGCGACCCAAUUUGCUGUAGCAGCAGGAAACCCAACUCGAAGCCCAACAACUAGCCUAGUCAUUCACCUCUGCCGCCGUAAAACUCUCCGCAUGCUCCUCACCCGCAGUGGCAACGCCGGCAGCGACGGAGAAAGUGAUCGACGGCUACUGUCCGAGGACGCUGCGUCGACGGAUCGGAUUUUCAGCGACGGAGAUUCGCCGGAUAAAAAGGAAGUGGUGGUGAGAAACAAGCUUAAGAAUUUGUUCGUUUCGUCGCCGAAAAAUUCGAGAGAGGGAUUUUCACUGGAAAUUUCUAGUGCCGGUGGUAGUAUUGGAUCGGCAGUUCGGAGAAUUCGGCCGUUGACGGCGACUUUCCGGCAACGGUUGCUUAGGAGGGUUUGGAGAGCUAUGCUUGUGAGUAUACCAGAAUAA